AAAACCGGAAGCGGUUUUGUUUUUGCGGGACGUUUCGCCGCGGCGGUGUUUACAUUCGUGGCGUUCGUCUUAUUUUCUUCACUAGACUAUAAAAUGGAUUCAUUGCAGAAGCACCGUUUGCUUUAUAAAGCAACGACGCCGCCAUGGAGGGAAACAUAUCGCCAGCGGUGUGUGGAAAGGCUCAAGGGGAGCCGGUCGAGGUUGCUUGACAAAUAUCGUAACAUGGGCGAGAGUCCAAAGUGCGGCGGCUCCAGGACUUCCCUGAUCGUACAAGAAGUUAUGGAGGAGGAAUGGACAGCUCUGCAGUCAGAAGACCGGAGACUACCGUCCUUGUGGGGCCCAGAUGGCAUCGCAGAGAUGCACAGUGUCAUGAAGGAGUCUGAUGAACUGGCAGUGUUGGAGGAAAUCCAGCAGGAGCUCUUGUCUCACGAAAUGUCAAUUAUUGAGGAGUACGAACGGAACCAGCAAUUCGAGGAGCAGUACAUAUCAUCUGUUGUCGAAGGCAUGGAAGAUGCUCAUAUUAUUUGCCCCCUGUGCAAUGCGAACUACUUGAACAUAAACAGCCAUUGCAUCUCCUGCCCCUGUGGAAUGUGCAUCGAGACAAAGGGGAAGAACAUUACGCCAGAUGUCCUGCAGCAUCUUUUGGAAUCCAGAGUCACAGAGCACAUGGAAGAUUGUCUCUACAACCCCGUUUUCUCAUUGGCGUCAAACACAGACGCUCCUCCCAGCCUGCUGGUGAGCUGCAAGGUUUGUGACUACCUCUCCGUCGUCCUGUGACCAUGACUGCCAGAAGACGGCAAUUUGUUAUUUAUAGUCGCCUAUAUGUAUAUUCAAAUAAACUAUUUGUUUUAAAAA